UCCAUGAUUAAACACGCUCAUUUUCCGCGGGGGCGUGGAUGGUUUAACAUACAGAACCAUUCGGACCACUCCCAGUGUCCAAGCGGCGCACAUGUCUUAACCGUGUUUAGAUAAUCCGCUGUGGAUAUCCAUCAGGAAAUCCGACCCGCCCUCUGGAUCUCUAAGCAGCGGGCCGUUUAGUUUCUCUCCCACCUCCUCCUCGCCUUGCCUGCACUAUAUGUUACAAUUCCAGCCCGCUCCGCUCGCUUUUUACGCAAGCGGACGUCCACGGCACGGCGACACGAGUGCGCACUACAGACGAGAGAAAGCGGCACGGCAGCGGGCACCGGAGCGACGUAUCUGCCGUUUCUGGAACCCGGCAGCCUGGAUGGUGGAUUAGUUGAUUUUUACGGAUUUGGAUCGGAGGCUAGGAUAACUUCGCAUGGGACAAAACCCGCCUUCUUUCAUGUCAUCCACCGAUUUAUUUCGCCCGGCGUGUUGACGCCAGUGGGAAUGGGGAAACGGAGGCUGCUGGCUGAGCGCAUCUGACAGAUAGGCGACAUGAAUAUACACGCGUUUCCGUGUACCAGCUGUACAGGAUAGGUGUAAACAAAACGGCUUGUGGUUUUAAAUGUGGAGCUUAUAAUGCGACAGCGUUGGUCGGUAGAAACGGAGACACGGAAAAGACGCUCUGCUGCAUGCUUGAGGUUUUGCAGUAGGGCAGUGUGUUAUUGACGAUUUGCACGGCGUGGAAUAAUGCAUAGAGACAACUUUGUUCCCAGGCCUGACAGACUCCGAGGCGUUUGGUCAUCUCUCAUAAAAGUGCAUUUAUUAGACAAACUGGCGUGUGCAAUGCCAGUCCUGUUAUCCUUGAAUAUAGCUUAGUGCUCCAGUCAGCGCCAGUGCCAUUUAUCUAUCAGCCCCGAAGCCCUGUGCCGUUUUAUCAUUCACAUUUGUAAACCCACAUCCUGCAGUCUGUUGAUGUCAGUGAUUGCGUUACUGUACGUACAUAAACCUCCAAAGCUCUGGAGCUGUGCUGCCAGGUGAUCGGUGGAUCGUAGAUGUAGGCAGGCCGAACUUUGGCUCGAUGUAGACCCGAUCAAUAGCGAGGUGAGACAGCUCUGGCAGUCUGCUUAUGUUACUCCGCAACUGUCACGGGGGUGUGUUUAAAAUCCCGCAUAUCUAGCUUUAUAUGCCUGAAGGUAACGCAGACGCUGCUCAGUAGAGAAGGGCGACUGACACAACGCCGUGUAGUUGUGGAGAAAACACUGAAAGGCAACGUCUCAGUAAAAAGUUUAAAUGGUUUUCCGAAAGUUGCCCGGCGCAUCGGGCAUGGGGCUGCGCCUGUCCCAGAAAUUCGUGUUUCUGCUCUUUCUCUCGGGUUUGGUAACACUGUGUUUUGGGGCCCUUUUCUUUUUGCCCGACUCUGUCCGACUAAAACGCAUUUUUCUGUCCAAGACAGAAACCCAGCCAGUCACUGCUGGCUCCGGGUCCGAGAACGAUGUCAGGGAGCAUUUAAAAAGACCCAAGGACCAGGAGCACCCGCGGGGUAUGACCUCGGCCAAGGGGGAGACCAGCACCAAGCUGAAAAGUCUGAGCCGCAAACCGCCCGUGUCCCAUGAGGUGGCCGAGGAGCGGCUGGCCGGGGGCAAAGCGCAGGAGGAUCUGACUGUGCCCAGGUCGAAAACGGAGUCCGCGACCUCGUCAGACGAUGGUGCCAGCUCGGAUACUUUCAGUUACAUGAAGUUUAAGAGGUGUCUGAUCAAACCACCGCUGGGGAGGGACAACGGCAAGCCGAGCGACCCGGAGACCGACGAACGCCGGGAGAAAGUCAAAGAGAUGAUGAAGUUUGCCUGGGACAACUACAAGCACUACGCCUGGGGCAAGAAUGAGCUGCGGCCUUUAACGAGAAACGGGCAUAUUGGAAACAUGUUUGGCGGCCUGAGAGGAGCAUCCAUCAUUGACUCACUGGAUACACUGUAUGUUAUGGGACUGACAGAAGAAUAUAAUGAUGCCAAAGAAUGGGUGCAGACCAGUCUCGAUCUAAACUCGAAUGGCGAGGCGUCACUCUUUGAGGUGAACAUCCGUUAUGUUGGUGGGCUGCUGUCAGCGUACUACCUGACAGGAGAGGAGUUGUUCAAGAACAAAGCAGUGGAGCUGGGAGAGAAGCUGCUACCUGCCUUCAGCACACCCACAGGAAUCCCCCGAGGAGUCAUCAACCUGGGGAGUGGCACCAGCUGGAGCUGGGGAUGGGCCUCAGCUGGGAGCAGCAUCCUGGCUGAGUUUGGUACCCUGCAUCUUGAAUUUGUGCAUCUCACAGAACUCUCUGGCAAUCCUGUCUACACAGAGAAGGUGAUGAACAUCAGGAAACUUCUGAACAAGAUUGAAAAACCCCAUGGCCUGUAUCCAAACUUCCUCAGCCCAGUCAGCGGCAACUGGGUCCAACAUCACGUUUCCAUCGGUGGCCUCGGGGAUAGUUUCUACGAGUAUCUGAUCAAAUCAUAUCUGAUGUCAGACAAGAUGGAUGAUGAUGCAAAGAAGAUGUACUAUGGUGCACUGGAGGCGAUUGAAGCUAACCUGGUACAGAAGUCACCCGGUGGGCUCACCUACAUGGCCGAGUGGAGGGGGGGGAUCCUGGAUCACAAGAUGGGCCACCUGGCUUGUUUUUCUGGGGGCAUGAUCGGUAUCGGGGCUGAUGAUGGCGCUCCAGAGAAGAGGCAGCACUACCUUGACCUGGCUGCUGAGAUCACACACACAUGCCACGAGAGCUACACACGCUCGGCCACCAAACUGGGACCGGAGGCAUUCAGAUUUGACGGUGGAGCUGAAGCCACAGCAACUAGACUGAGCGACAGAUAUUACAUCCUGCGACCAGAGGUCAUCGAGAGCUACAUGUACAUGUGGAGACUGACCCACGACCCCAAGUACAGAGACUGGGGCUGGGAGGCUGUUCAGGCCCUUGAGGAGCACUGCAGAGUGGAGUCGGGCUUCUCUGGGAUCCGAGACGUCUACACCACGACGGUCAGCCAUGAUAACAUGCAGCAAAGCUUCUUCCUCUCAGAGACACUCAAGUAUCUGUACCUGCUCUUCUCUGACGACGACCUUCUCCCACUGGAAGACUGGGUCUUCAACACAGAAGCCCACCCCCUGCCCAUCAUCCGCAAGAGCUGCCUGCAAGACGAAGCAACACAGGAUAAGACAGUGUCUGAAUGAAAGUGAACACCAACAACUGUGACGAUUACAGACACAGGUGCACACACAGAGUCACAAACAUUGCAAACACAAAUUCAGUGCAGGUUCAGUCUUUUCAAGAGCGUGUUAUGGACUCUGAAUUCCUUUCCAGUAAAGGACAUUGUCAUUUUACGCUGUGAUUGUAUAUCCUUUUGCUGCAGCAUUUCCUGCUGGCACUUAAUUUUUUGUGGACAAUCAAGACUUUAAUGAAAAGAGCACCUUUGUGUUUCCUUCUUUCCUCUGUGAGGAAACAGUAUAACUUGCAGACCCAAAUGUAUGGGAGGAGGGUUGAACUAUGGGCCAUAUUGUUAGCAAGAGAAACGUAUAGAGAAGCACUUGAGUUUUGCUCUAAUUUCUGUUUUGUUCAAUUUCGAGUGAUGCUUUCCUUAGAACUUGUCAUUGCCUAUUUUCCUUUGUGAGUACACUCUUUGACCAAAGGUUUCUUUGCAUUUCUAUUUUACUGCAUUUCCCUCUUUUCUAGUAAUGUGGUGUUGUGUGAGAUUUGAAAGAAAGUAAAAUUUACUUUAAGGAUUGAAUCAUAAUGGGUAUUGAUUAUUGUACAGACAAACAACAAAAUGUGAUUCUUUAAAUCACUUCCAAACUAAUGUUGAUGUCAUGUUUCUUACCGAAACAAGCUUGAAUGUUUUUUGUUUUUGUUUGUUCUUAAAGUCGUCAGGGGGUGUCAGCAAAGUGGUUUUAUGCAUCCAGGGACCAUUUUUUAACAAUAAAACAAUAUAGUAUGCUUGGUUGUAUUUUGAACAUGCUUUCUGUGACUGUAAUACAAGCAUAAAGGAAAGAAAACACACUUGCUAGCCAGCUCCAAAUCGGUUGUCCUGUUUCUGAUGUGGUUUUCUGCUUCACCCUGCCUUUACAUGUGAAUCCACACAGCUGCCAGUACUGCUGUUAAAGGCUGUUUGACUGUGGAGACGAGUUUUCAUUCUCACCACUGUUCUUUUUAUCACUGCUGUCCUGCACUGUGGAGCGAAUGUGCUGUACAUACAGAAGAAGUGAGUGAGCGCUGUGUGACCUUGUCUUUACUUUAUUUUGUGAUUUUAUUAUUUUUUUUCCUUCUAAACUUUGGUGUUUUUUUUUUUUUUUUUCUGGGUUUGCUUCCCUCAGGUGUUUCAGUAAAAAAA